GGUGCGAACGCUGGAAUUGCCUGUUGCGUCCGCAGCCGCGCCUCCCGACACUUGAUGGAAGCCGCAUCCCCAUCUUUAUAAAUAGUUUUUCCUUUAAGUCCACGAUGUAGUAUAAAAUUUAAAGAUGGUGACGGUAGACUAUCCGUGCACAUCUACAGGUCAUUAUGUAGCUGGAGCCACUGCUGAUUUAUGCAAAAUGGUCAAACACGGAUAGGCUGCAUCUGGAGACGCAUGCAAAUUGUCCCUCGUCAGUCCGGUGUGACCACUGAGAAAAGGAUGGACCCAGACCUUCUCUACCUCAGUGGGUAUUGAGAGAAUUUGAAUUUUAGCCUUCUUGUCUGCAGUGGAAGAAGGAAAGGAAGAUCUGAAAAUAGAACCUGUAAGGUCACUUUUUUUAUACAGGCAUUGAAAUGAGCUCUGAGCCGGAGGAAGCAGCUCCAUCUCACGACAAACAGCCAGAUGAACAAAAUGAACAAAAUGGUCUGGAAUUUACGAGACAAAUAAAGGCCGAAGUCACCAGUGACUCUUCAGACUCGGCCAGCUCACAGAAGCCGCACGCCCCGCCGCGGGAUGCCGCCGUGAGCGGAGGUCAGCUGACAGGGGAGCCCUCGCCCCUCCAUCCCCUGCAGCAGCUGCUCCUGGUCCCCAGCUCACACCUCCCCUCCUCCUCCUUACUCCUGUCCCAAGUACAGAGCGGCCAUCAAGCAUUACUGCAGCAAAACCUGCUCUCUUUGCCCUCACAGUCUCAGUCUGGUCUACUUCAGCCCCAGCCUGGAUUAGCACUGACACCACAGGCAGGGAGUCGGACAGGUCUGGCAGGGCCCUGUCUGAAUGGCCACCCAGAGAUGGCACAGGUACCCAAACACGUGCCUGCCUUGCAGAUGGAUGAAGCCAGUGAGCUGGAGGACCUGGAGCAGUUUGCCAAGGCCUUCAAGCAGAGGCGGAUCAAGCUAGGCUUCACUCAGGGGGACGUGGGCCUGGCGAUGGGGAAGCUCUACGGCAACGACUUCAGCCAGACCACCAUCUCCCGCUUCGAGGCACUCAACCUCAGCUUCAAGAACAUGUGCAAGCUGAAGCCGCUGCUGGAGAAGUGGCUGAGUGAAGCAGAGAACUCCACCUCUGACAGCAUGGUGAGCCCUGCUGCCCCCCUGGCGGACGGUUUCGGUAGGAAGAGGAAGAAGAGAAGCAGCAUAGAAGCCAGCAUCAAGCUCACACUGGAGAAGAGGUUUAUGGAUAACCCCAAGCCAAGCUCGGAGGAGAUCUCGCAGAUCUCGGAGCAGCUAGCAAUGGAGAAGGAAGUGGUGAGGGUCUGGUUCUGCAACCGGCGGCAGAAGGAGAAGAGGAUCUGCAGCCCGGUUGUCAUGACAACAGCAAAGCCACCAGGAGCCAACCCCCGACUGGCAAUCACCUCCAGGUCCUUCGGUCCACUUGCUGUAAACGGGGUGUCUUCCACCACCUCCCCUAGCAGGACCUCCCCCAGCGGGACCUCCUCCGGCCCCAUCACGCUGACCUCACAGGGGGUCACACAGUCCCUCAGUGCCACAGGACCAUGGUACCGUGCAUGGAACGCUCCAUCCUGUCUCUACUGAAAACGUAAAACGGGAUCUUUUGCUGCACAGUGUCCUGGAACACCGUAAGAAAAACUUACCUGGACGUCCAAGGAGGGACACUUUGUGCACACUGUCCCCAUAAUACAAAGGUUUUACAUCCACUGAAGUGGCAAAUUUCCUUUAUCUGUGCAUUAAUCGAGCAAAUUUUCAAUAUUUACUAGUUUUGCUUUAAAGUGGCAGCGCUAACAUACCCCAGAACGGCUUUGAUCAGUUUGUGUCCACAAAGUUCUCUGUAACAUGUAUUACGCUGUGUUCACAAAUACCUUAAGAAUUAACCGCUGUUUAUUUCAAGGUAAAAAGCGCAUAUGAUGCGUUUAUCCGUCCAAUGUAAAUAGUAACUUUUUUGUAUUUUUAUACUUUAUUUCAGUAUACCUUGCACGAUAUGCUUUCGGACGUUCAAAGUAUACUUUAACGAAAAUUAAUAAAUUCUGUGAAAACAGA